UGCGACAAUUAUAAAACCUCUGGCUCUUUCUCCCAAAAUAAAAGAAAAUAUAGUAUGAGAUGAGGUCUAAAAACUCUUAUAUUAAUAUUAAUAACAAUACUAAGUCCUACUUUGGCAAGCAUAUUAGACCCUUCAUUCUCUUUUUUCUCUCUCUAGCUCUCUUCCUCCUAUUAGCCUUCUCCUGUCCCCAGAAAACCCCCACCACUAAUAACUAUAUUUUCUCCACUACAACAAGGCUUGAUCUUAAUCAACAACAACACCAUCAUCACGAGGACAAUAUCGUAAUUUCGAAUAAAUAUCCGGAGUGGUUCGAAAUAAUCGCCGAGAAACUAAAUACGACUCGUAAGAUUAAGCUCGGUUUGGUCAAUUUAGAACAUGAAGAACUCGACGACGGCUUACGUGGCCUGCAUGGAUUGGCCGACGUGGUCACCGUACGGUUCGACACUCUAUCCGGUUCGGACCGGCCGAACUGGGACGAUUUUUUCCCGGAGUGGAUCGACGAGAACCAGACGUGGGGUACACCCAAGUGCCCGGAAAUUCCACUCCCGUCGUUGUUGGAGUCAGCGUACGACGAUAUAGAUGUUGUCGUUUCGGCGGUCCCGUGUGGGACCCCACCGCGUGACGUGUUCGAGCUUCAGGUGAAUUUGGUGGUGGCUAAUCUAGCGGUCAGGAGUAGUAGUAGUAGAAGUGGUUCUGAUCGGACGGUGUACGUUGUGUUUGUGGGGUCCUGUGGGCCCAUGUUGGAGAUUUUUCGGUGUGAUGAUUUGAUGAGUCAGCAGAGAGGGGAGUUUUGGGUGUAUAAGCCUGAGAUGAGUAGGCUUAAGCAGAAAGUGGCUAUGCCUUUUGGGUCUUGCCAACUUGUUCCUCCUCCUAAUUAUCACCAAACUGAAAAAGAGGAGCUGAGAAGAUGGGCUUUACAAGAACCCGGCUCAGAUAAUAUUGAACCAGAGGCCCAGCCCAAGACCAAGCCCAAUCAGAUAAUAAAUCAGCAACACCGCAGCCCAAGAUACGCCUACGCCACUGUCCUUCAUUCUUCGGAAUCCUACGUCUGUGGCGCCAUAGCUUUGGCCCAAAGCAUUCGCCGGACCAAAUCCACCAGAGACCUCGUCCUCCUGGCCGACAAAUCCAUCAGCACAAAAUCCCGACGAGGUCUCCGGUCUGCCGGGUGGCAGAUCGUCCCCAUUGACCGAAUCCGAAGUCCAUUCGCGAAAAAAGGCUCCUACAACGAGUGGAACUACAGCAAGCUCCGGCUAUGGCAACUCGUCCGGUACGACAAGAUCGUCUUCAUCGACGCAGAUUUACUGGUUCUCAGCAACCUGGAUUACCUCUUCUUAUAUCCUCAGCUCUCGGCAGCCGGGAACGACAGGUUUUUGUUCAAUUCUGGGGUGAUGGUGAUUGAGCCAUCCAACUGUUUGUUCAAAGUCCUUAGCGAGAAGACAUUUGAAUUGAAAUCGUACAACGGCGGAGACCAAGGGUUUCUGAACGAAGUCUUCACGUGGUGGCAUCGGCUUCCCCGAAGUAUUAAUUACCUGAAGAUUUUUAGAAGGAGCAGUAGCGGAGACUUUUUACAUGAGGUGGGUAGGGGUCAAAAAAUUGGGGCAAUUCAUUAUCUGGGAUUGAAGCCAUGGUUGUGUUACAGGGAUUACGACUGUAAUUGGGACAUGCCGGAUCACCUCAUCUACGCGAGCGACUCAGCUCACCGGCGGUGGUGGGAAGUGUACGAUUACAUGCCGAAGAAUUUGCAGUCGUAUUGUGGAUUGACGAAGAAGAUGGACCGUAGGAUUAAGAAGUGGAGAGGGAUUGCUAAUAAGAUUGAUUUGCCUAGUGGCCAUUGGAAAAUUCAGCCUAAGGACCUAAGACGACACCGUUUGGUAGAUUAGAAAGAAAAGGUUCUACAACCAUGUGAGAAUAUAUUAUAUAGCGAGUAGAAGUUGAUUAAUUAGUAAGUGUGAAAUUCUUUCUUUCUUUCUUUCUUUUUAAAAGAAAAGAAAGAAACGAAAUCUCACCAUCCUUUCUGGACAAGAUGAUCAAAAUGUUGGAUGUUUUAUUAUUCACACUAUAUUUAACUGUACAUUAUUCAAGCAAACAUAAUAAUAACAUUAUUUUUUAA